AUGGCUGCUUUCACAGAAGGAUAUGCCACUCGAAGGUCAUAUGUUAGAACGAAUGUGGGAGAGAAUGUGCAACAAGAAGCUCCUCUAGUUUUGGCUGACCCUUUGGCCGAACAAGUGACUAAUGUAGAGUUUAGGGCUGUUUUUCAAGUGUUGGCUCAAGCCACGACGACACAAGUCAAUAGGGAGGUUGUGGUCACCAUGAACUCAGUUUUGGGUACAACGACAACUAGAGUGAGAGAAUUCACUAGAAUAAAUCCUCUAGAGUUUCAUGGUUCCACGGUUGAGGAAGAUCCUCAAGAGUUCAUUGAUGAAGUGUAUAACGUAUUGAUGAUCAAGGGAGUGACACCGGUGAAAAAGGUGGAAUUGACCGCUUAUCAACUUAAAGAUCCUAGGGCGGGAAUGAGUAAGUUUGUUUUGGGCAUGUCUGAUAUGGUGAUUAAGGAAUGUCGUACCUCUAUGAUCAUUAAUGAUAUGGAUGUUUCUAGUCUCACGGUUCAUUCCCAACAUAUUAAAGAGGAGAAAAUUAAGAAAAGCCAAGGUUCCUCCAAAUUUCUUCCUAAGUUCAACAAAGAUAGGGUGUCUAACCCUAAGCCUCAAGAAGGGAAUGGUGGUGGAUCUUCAUUGUCUUCUUACUCCAAGUGUGGAAGAAAGCAUAAGGGUAAAUGUCUAGCUGGUUCUAAUGCGUGCUUUGGUUGUGGUAAGAUGGAUCAAAAGAUAAGGGAUUGUCCCUUAUUUGUGAAGAAUGAAAGAGACAAUCGUCGACGGGCUCAAGCUUACCCUUAUCUAGGUUCUAGUGGGAAUCAGAAGCAAAACCGAUUCUAUGCACUUCAGACUUAUCAUGAGCAACAAGGUUAUCCUAAUGUGGUUACCGCAAGAAAGUCAAAAGAGGAAGGCAAGGACAUUACCGAGCAAAAAGAAGCGAAAAAAGUUGAAGAAAAACAAGGUAGGUACUUGCCAAAGCUACUCGGUGAGUCACUGAGUGGACCUUCAGCUCGCCAAAAGUUCCAGUAG